CGCAGCCCUAAAGAGGCAACACAGCACCAAUCCGGUCCUAUUAAGCUAGUGGUUUUGCUCUUCUCCACCCAAAAACCCUAAAGAGGUCAGAGAGAGGCGCGAAAAUGCGGCCUUUGGACGAGAAGGAGACGGCGGCCGUCUUCGAGAAGUUGUUCAAGUUCACGGGGCCAAACCUGAAGGUCAUGGUGGAGCGCCCCGCCGUGGAAGGGCCUGCCGGCGACGAUCCUGGCCGCUACUGCCUUCGCCUCCACAAGAACCGUGUCUACUACGCCUCCGAGUCGUUGGUCCGCCGCGCCACUAACGUCGCCCGCGACCGCCUCGUCUCCCUCGGCACCUGCCUCGGCAAGUUCACAAAGGGCGGCUCCUUUCGCCUCACCGUCCAGUCCCUCGACCUGCUCGCUGCCCACGCUCGGCGUAAGGUCUGGCUCAAGCCCACCGCCGAGAUGUCCUUCCUCUAUGGCAAUCCGGUUCUCAAAUCUGGCCUUGCCCGCAUCACGGAGGGCGUCAGCCCCGGUGACGGCGUCGUCGUCUUUUCUAUGUCCGACCUCCCUCUCGGCUUCGGGGUCGCUGCCCGCUCCACCCAGGACUGUCGCAAGGCCCACGCCGAUGCCAUUGUAGUCAACCGCCAGGCCGACGCUGGGGAAUACCUACGGAAUGAGGACGAUCUCUGAUCUGAUUGUGUAGCAACCUGGAACAAACAAAUAGGUACUGUUGGUUAUAUCAAGAAUCACUCACUUCUGUGAUGGUGAACCGACAUGAAGUUCAUGUAUUAAUUUUGACCAGAGAACUUUGCUGUGUACAACAAUCAAUCAUUUGCAUUAGUAUUUCAAUUAUGAGUCAUGGAUCUUUUGGGGUUAAAUAGAUGAUACCGGUGAUUGCUGUGUUUGGUGAAAUCACAAAUUUUGACAA